AAGUUAGAAGUUCAAAGUCCACACAGUGCUACACAUAAACAUCCAAAAUAAGCUUUGUAAAUCUCUCAAUUCAACGUUUAUUAUCACAUAGUCUUCAAUUAUUACGCAUAUAAAGAAUGUCUUCAUUGGAAGUAAGUCAGGAAGGAAAGGAAAAUUUGCCACACCAUCGGCCAGACUCUAUGCGUCCCGUUAGACCUGCACAUUAUGCAGAUUCUUUUUGGUGUACUUAUGCUAUUUCUGUAGCUGCUGCAUGUGUGGCAGAAACAGCAACAUAUCCAUUAGAUUUAACCAAAACAAGGCUUCAAAUACAAGGUGAAGCAGCAAAUGCAGCCGGCAAAACAAUGGCAUAUCGUGGAAUGGUGGCAACCGCACUAGGCAUUGUAAAGGAAGAAGGAAUGCUUAAAUUAUUUCAAGGAUUAAGUCCUGCACUUUACAGACAUUUGGUCUAUUCAGGCGUUAGAAUAGGAACAUUUGACUUUUUAAGGAAGAAAUUCGUUCAUAAUUCAGAAUCUAUGACCCUAGGAAAGUCAGCUAUUGCUGGAGUAUCUGCAGGAUCUCUUGCUCAAUUUUUAGCAUCACCAGCUGAUUUAGUAAAAGUGCAAAUUCAAAUGGAAGGAAGAAGACGUUUAAUGGGCUUAGAACCACGUGUCAAUAGUGCAGCUCAUGCAUUCAGAGAGAUUGUUAGACGAGGAGGUAUCAAGGGAUUAUGGAAAGGAAGUAUUCCAAAUGUACAAAGAGCAGCUUUAGUCAAUUUAGGAGAUUUGACAACUUACGACAGUGUCAAGAGAUAUAUCAUAAGCACAUUUCAUUUACCUGAUGAUCAUGUUGUCCACAUUAUUUCCUCUAUAUGUGCCGGUUUGGUAGCUGCAAUUUUGGCUACACCUGCUGAUGUGAUAAAAACCAGAGUUAUGAAUCAACCAAUUGAUGAUCUGGGACGUGGAACGCUUUAUAAAGGAUCAGUAGACUGCUUCCAAAAGACUGUCGCAAAAGAAGGUUUAUAUGCUCUUUAUAAGGGAUUCUUACCAUGCUGGAUUAGAAUGGCACCAUGGUCGUUAACGUUCUGGCUAAGCUUUGAACAAAUCCGUAUCUUUUUAGGAGCUGGAGGGUAUUAAAGAUCAAUGUUUAUCUGUGCUUUAGUUUUUAAUUAACCGACAUUAGACUUUUUGGUUCCUAA